CUUUCGUCUUUCGAGCUAGUUAAACCCUAGCUCGGAUCUCGCGGUUGCUCCAACUCUCAUCUUCCCCAUCUCCAAUGGCGGCAGUUCGGCCCCUGGUCACUGUUCAAGCCUUAGAGGGCGAUAUGACCACCGAUGCCAGCUCCUCCAUCCCCCUCCCGGAUGUGCUAAAGGCUCCGAUCCGCCCUGACGUUGUCCGCUUCGUUCACGCAGGCCUCUCCUCCAACCACCGCCAGCCAUACGCCGUCUCCAAGCGUGCUGGACACCAGACCUCCGCCGAGUCCUGGGGUACCGGCCGCGCAGUCUCCCGUAUUCCCCGCGUUCCUGGUGGCGGCACCCACCGCGCUGGCCAGGGUGCGUUCGGCAACAUGUGCCGUGGAGGUCGAAUGUUCGCUCCAACCAAGAUCUGGCGCCGCUGGCACCGCCGCGUCAACAUCACCCAGCGCCGCCUCGCCGUCGCCUCCGCUCUUGCUGCCUCCACUAUCCCCUCCCUUGUUGCCGCUCGCGGUCAUCGCAUCGAAUCCGUUCCUGAGCUUCCCCUCGUCAUCUCCGAUUCCUCUGAAUCCAUCGAGAAAACCACCUCCGCCCUCAAAAUCCUUAAACUGGUCGGCGCCUCUCCUGAUGCCGAGAAAGCCAAACAAUCCAACUCGAUCCGUUCUGGAAAGGGUAAGAUGCGCAAUCGCCACUAUGUCUCCCGCAAAGGUCCUCUCGUCGUGUACGGCACCGAGGGUUCUAAGAUCGUCAAAGCCUUCCGUAACAUUCCCGGUGUCGAUGUUGCCAACGUUGAGCGCCUCAAUCUACUGAAGCUCGCGCCUGGUGGGCAUCUUGGCAGGUUCAUCAUCUGGACGAAAUCCGCAUUUGAGAAGCUGGACUCGGUUUUCGGGAUGCUCGAUAAGCCAUCAGAGAAGAAGAAGGGAUGGGUGCUGCCGCAACCAAAGAUGGCGAAUGCUGAUCUCGGAAGGAUCAUCAAUUCAGACGAAGUGCAAUCAGUAGUAAGACCGAUUGACAAGACUGUCAAGCGCCCUUCGCUAAAGAAGAACCCAUUGAAGAACCUGAAUGCUAUGUUGAAACUGAAUCCGUAUGCCAAAACCGCGAGGAGAAUGGCUUUGCUUGCUGAGGCACAGCGCGUCAAGGUCAAGAAGGAAAAACUAGAUAAGAAGAGAACUCAGCUAUCAAAGGAGGAUGCUGCCGCAAUCAAGGUUGCCGGAAAGGCAUGGUAUAAGACUAUGGUUUCAGACAGUGACUACACUGAGUUUGACAACUUCACAAAGUGGCUUGGUGUUACCAGUAAUUAAACUAAACCCUUUUGGUAGUGGCUGUUAUUUUUUUUAUUUUGCUUGGACAUUAGUCACAAGAUUUUUUAUCGGCUGAAUAACUUGUUAAACUGUGCCGAUUGGUUAGAUCUACGGGCAUAUAGUAUAAUUAUUUGAUAGGGGUCAUGAGAUUUGGCUUUGAGCAACUAUGCUAAUGUUAUUGCCCCUGCUAGAAUUUUUUUGUUUCCUAGUAUGGCCAGAGUCGUUAUUGCUUUGAUUCGUUUCUUCAGUUUUGAUUAUACAAUGUUCUAAUGAGUAUGUUAUAUGCAUGA